UAAUGUUGGAAAAAUCGCUCAUGUUGUCGAAGUUUCGUGGAAGCCUGCUCGGUGUGCUGGUAGGCGAUUGCUGUGGAGCACCAUUCGAAGGUCAACUCAUGGACAGUGGAGCCAAAUUAAUAUUGAAGAAAAACCUAGACAAACUAGAGGGUCCCGCCUUUAAUGCACCAUACAAAAAGUACACGGACGACACUGCGAUGACCAUACAGACGGCGAAAACAUUCCUCGACCCGAAAGGAUACUCCCAGAAGCUGCUUGCUAAAAACUAUGUUGUGGAGUUCUUCAAAGAACCGAACCGCGGAUACGGUGCGACAGUAGGUGAAGUGUUCCGCAAACUAAGGCAAACAAAAAUAGCUGACCCAACGUGUCCCGCGAUGGCACAGUUCAACGGUAGUGGAUCGUUCGGUAAUGGUGCGGCAAUGAGAGUGUCUCCGGUGGCACUGUACUGCGUUAACAAAAGCAUCGACGAGCUGGUUCGGCUGGUGAAAGAAUCGUCCGAGGUAACACACACAAACGUGCUCGGUGUGAACGGGGCCAUCCUACAAGCGCUGGCCAUUCGGCAAAGCUUGCUACUGAAUCCGAACGAACCAUUCUGCUGGAAAACGUUCCUGGGCGAGCUGAAACAGCAAAUGGUUGAGAUAGAGAAGGAAAAUGAUCCCGAUUUAGAUGCAAAUGCGAAUGCGUACGAGAAACAACUAGAGAGUAUGGAAAAACUGCUAAACAACCAGGUGGAACCGUCGGAUGAGAAUGUGUUGAAUCUGUUGGGCCACAGUGUAGCAGCGCUUUAUUCCGUCCCAACGGCAGUGUACUGCUUCUUGCGCCACACGCAAGAUUUGCUGAAAGAUACGGAUCGGAAAUCGUUCCGCAAUACGCUUGAAUAUGCCAUUUCGCUCGGUGGCGAUUGUGAUACGAUCGGCAGUAUGGCUUGUGCGAUCAGUGGCGCCUACUUUGGUGAGUCGGUGAUAUCAUCGGCACUGCUGAAACAUUGCGAAAGUGCCGAAAAUGUCGCUACCCUUGGUGAACAACUUUUUGAAGUUGCCGGUGCAAAGUAAA